AUGAUUCAAAUGAUGGAAGACGUUCCCCUCGAGAUCGUUCUCCUUAGAGAUAAUCGCGAUGCGCCUUUAAGCCUGGAUCUGGAUCGUGCUAGAAGAGGCUCGCGAGACGGUCCAAUGUCUGUUACCUCGCCUUCCUCUGACUCAGCCCAACCGUUUGUGCAUGGCUAUGGUAGGGCUAGAGGAAGUGGAAUAGGACGUGGACGUGGUAGACCCUAUUACGAUGAACCUUACCAUCGACCCCAGGUCCGUACACCGCCUCCCCAAGUGCCUGCAUUUGGAUCAACUGGAGCAUCAGCCUCAGUCAGCCAAAGUCCUGUCCCAGGUGUAUCAGUCCCAACCGCGCCCCGUUUUCAUGCGGGACGUGGGGCUCCAAGUAAUCACUACAUUUCUGCAAAGUCUAAUAUGCCACAAUCUAUUGAAAAUCAGUCGUCAGACGCCAGAUCGGAAACACAGAUUGCUGCAACACCCGAACAUAAAUUUGAUGAUGCAGCACGGGUGACUGAACAACGUCGCCAGCGAAAACCCCUUUUUGGUAGACACCCACCCAAGAUUCCGAUUACUGAUGACUAUUCCGAUUCUGAUUUGGAUCCCUUCAACGAUGAUGAUCCAGAGGACGAAAUCAAUUUCGAGAGUGAAUUGGCGGAGGUUCAACGUAGUAUGAACGAUACUCGCAACAGGCCCGACCUGCCUCCACUUGACCAGUUCUUUAUUGUUAAUUCGUUCAAAGAUCUACCUCUAGUCCCAGAUGCACGAGACGGUUCUGGCGGGUUGAAACAGUGCAUUCCUCCAGAAAGUUUGACUGAUAAGCCUGAUACGACGAUGGAGGACGCAUUGGAGUCCAAGCCUGAGCCUGAACAUAACCCCGCAUCUCAGCAAGAGCUCGUCGCGAUGCCGAAAUCGACACUCAAUAUGGAUCCCGCUGAACAUGAAUCUCGAGACAGUGAAAAUCCUACUUCUGCAGUGUUACCACCUGAGAUACCAUCCGCCCUAGCGACUACUACCGAAGCCGGAAAAUCUGAGGGAUCGCAACAUCCCAUGUGCCAGCUUCCAGCGACUGAUUCUGAGAAGUUGGCUAUGCUCUCUCAAGAUCACCCAGCACAAUCCGGGGCAUCAGCUAAAGACUCCAAUGUCUUCAAUGAUGCUACUGCAAAGGAUCCUAUCACAGAUAAAACUCCAUCUACGACAGCAAAUGCUCAUUACGCAUCACCGCCGCCUGCGAGGAGUCAAUCACCUUUGGAAAGUGAUUCACGAACUUCGACCAGGACAGUGGAAAAUGGUGGUGAUGUUCCACCUCAUCACAUUACUACAGAAGCAGAUGUAGCAUUUGCCAAGGACCAGUCCAUUGAAGAAAGUAGUACCAAAGCUGGUGCUUUCGAAGAAACUUCUCCAAAAAGUGCGGCAUCCAAGGAUUUUGAAGUUCCCGCUAUUCAACCUGCCCCCAUCGAGCCCUCAGACAUCCAGCCUUCUACGACCAAGUUAUCACCACUUCCAACCACUGGACUUGAGUAUAGCAAUUCUCAAAGUGUCACUCAAGAUACUACUAGCUUAGAACCUCAAUCUCUUGGCGUGGAGAUUUCAGAUUUAGAGAGACCACCUCAGUCGGUGGAAGGCCAUCCAAAGCAUAUUUUGGAGCCCCGUGUAGAGAGGACGAUCGUGGGGACUCAUGCAGAUACAUCACUGCCCGUGUCAGACGAAGCAUCCAAGUCUAAUUCUGAGAAGGUUGAGACACCGGACACCAAACCCCUACAUAAUCAUCCACCAUCUAUCGACCCCAUCGAUACCGAGAUUUUGCCAGACGCUCAAGCACUUGAAGAUGAUUCUUUGAUUAGUCCAAAAACCACAGGUCCCGUCCCAAGGUUGGUGCCUGAAGAUACGAAUGGCGAUCAUCAUAUGGAAGGUGUAGUUUCGGAGGAAUACAAAAGGGAUCGAUCUAUGAAUCUGGAGAUUAGUAAUGAAAACGUGGCCCGUUCCGAAGGCGAGAUCUACCAUAGUCGAGGAGAACCAGCCGGAGCUUUUGAUUAUGUACGACAACAGAUACCGUCACCAGUGCCACAAGCACCAGAACUUACUAUGGAAGUUCCCGAAGAAAGUGAUGAUGACGAAGAUGAAGCCGAACAGGCCGGAUUUGAACUUCUCCGUCAAAAACUUGUUCAACAAGAAGCUGCUCUUGAAGAGGAUCGCCAAUUUAAACUUCUUGAAUCUGUUAAGCACCCCAGGGAUACGAAGACACCUCCUCCAGAAACCUUACCUAUAUUUGAUUAUAAUAAAUGGGAUGAGGAUCCUGAGUUUUUGAACUCCCUCGAAGUUGAUGCAAAUGCUGAAUCUUCCCUUACGAGACUUAUAGAGGAAAAAAUGGCGCAAAGAUGGAGGGAACAACAAGAAGAGGGCAAGUCGUGGUCGGAGAGUUAUAUCGAGUAUCGUAGGUUUACCGAUAUGGAUAUGGAUCCGAUCGCUGUGCGCAGUAGAGAAGUAUUUACCAAGGCCCAGAAAGGAGAGGCCGAGGAGUUGGCCGAAAGAGGCAAAUCGGCAACUGGCUUAGAUCUCAAAGCAGAGGGCCAGCGGCGCACUGGGAGUAGGUUUGCUACGGAUCAUGAUAUUGAACGUGUGCUUCGUGAAUCUGAGCGUGAAGCUAAAGAAUCGAAAGAGCAGCAAGAACAAGAUGCCAGGGAACAAACGGCAAAUUCCAAGGAAGCAACUAUCCCGGACAUGUGUUGGGAUGAAGAAUAUAAGGAAACUAUGUUUGUGGAUACUACGCACAGGGUUCCCUUUGAACGAUCGUUUCGUAUGCUCGAGUUUGGAGAGUCCAUAGAUAAUUUUACGGAGGAAGAGGCUCAGAUCUUCCAAGAAAAGUACCACAAUUUCGCCAAGCAAUUUUCUAUUAUUGCACAAUCCCUUCCGCAUCGCGAUUACCAGGCCUGCAUUCAGCAUUAUUAUAUUAUAAAAACAACGGAUGAGUGGAAGGCAGUUUUCAAGUCGAAGAAGAACCAAGUUAAAACCGGCAGAAGAAAAGGAGCGAAAAAAUCUAGUGCCCUCAUUACCAACAUUGAGAACGGAGGUGGUAAUGAAACAGAGGCUACGCCAGAUGUGGAGAAUGGAAAUGAACGUCGUCGACCUAGGAGAGCUGCUGCUCCAACUUGGAAUUUUGAAGCACCACUGCCUACCACAGACAAUGAAGGUGUUAGCCCGGCACCAACCCCGGCGAAGAAAGUCGCUACUCCGAAAGGAGACACAAAUGGCGAAUCAGCUCCAACCAAGAGAAAGGCCAAAACUCCUCGAGAAAAGGCCCCAAAGCAGCCCAAGGCCGGUCAACUGUUAGCGGCUGCUCCUUCUCCUGCGAGUCGCAAUGGUGAAUCACCAAAUCCUCCUGCAUCAACUGUUGCGCCCGAGCCUACACCGAUCAGGCCUCCUGUUGCCACCACUCGCUACGCUCCAUACGAUGCUCUUAUUCCUCACCAGAUGCCAACAUUUCCACCUCAAUUUAUGCCACCUGAGAGACCUGCACCAGCUAAUCUAGAGGUGCCAGUUGCACCAGAACGCAUUGGCUCUGCCCCUCCAACAGGUGGCGAGUCCCAGCCUGAUCGUCGUUCCGCUGUUCAACAACAAACUUCUAGCUACUGGAGUGUCCCGGAAGUGGGUGACUUUCCUGGACUCCUACGACACUUUGGCACAAAUUGGGCUGGAAUUGCAAAACAUAUGGGAACAAAAACGCAUACCAUGGUAUAUAAAAAAACUUUUUCCGAUUGGCUUGAGAUCACGAAAGGCCAAGCUGGUCGCAAGCGUCAGGCUAACAUUGCUGAACAGGUUAAGAACUACUAUCAGCGCUCUGUCGAUUCCGGGAGCAAAAAAGAAUGGGAGCAGAUCACUCGAGAGGCUGAUUCAAAACGUGACAGAGGCGAAUCUACUGGACCAGCGCCCACGCCUUCCGCCCCAACAAAGCGACGAUAUGAUCCCACGCCGGCACCACUAUCGAGAUCAGCAUCUGCCAUGGAUCUCGAAGAACUGUCUGGUAGUCAACCUAUCAUUCUUCCUCAAACAUCUCCUCCUCAAUCCACAUUGAGUACCAGGUUCCCUGCCUUGGCUCAAGCCGGACCUGUCCCUCAAUCAAUGAAUCAAACGAUCACUCCUAGUUCCCUGCCUUCCAAACGUUCACAUCAUCAAGCUAACCAACAGAGCUUAUCUCAAAUAUCACAGCAACAGCAACAGCAACAGCAACAGCAACAACCGGCAUCAGCACCACCACCAUCAACCACCUCUCAGUUACAAUCACAACCACAACAAAUGCAAAGCCAACAAGUCAGACAGCCGAGGGGUCCGUCCAUGGGGUUCUUCACUACUGAUAACCAACGCUCCACACCACAGUCUACUCUUUCGCAGCAGUCUCAAAAUGCUUCGCCAAUUUCAGAUCCAGCCACUAUUGCCUCUCAACGAUCGGCUCGGGUCGCUGCCGAGGAAGCUUAUCUAGAGAGAAAGAAGGCUUUGGAACAAGAGAGAAUACGAAUCUCACAGGAACAACAACAAGCCACAGACCGGCUUGCUUUACAAGAGCAGGCCCUUCGAGAACAGGCGAUUCGAGAGCAGGCCCGUGAGCAGGCUUUGUUACGUGAGCAGGCUCGUGAGCAGGCUUUGUUACGGGAGCAGGCCCUAUUGCGAGAGCAGGCUUUGUUACGAGAGCAGACCGUCCGGGAGCAGCAAGCUUACCAACGACGAGAGCAAAUUAGAGAAAUGGAAACACUUACGGAACAUCAACAACGACAGCAGCAGCAGCGAAGGGAAAGAGAAUCAAAGCAAGAACAACUCGAGCGAAACUUGAAGAGAAAACAAGAACGUGAUCACGAGCAACGAGAACAACAAGAUCGAAAAGAAAAGCGAGAACAACGAAGCUUUCAAUUGAAGCAAGAGGAGGCUGAGGUACGGAACUCACAGCAGUAUGAAUAUCCCGCGCACUCUAGCCGUACAGGAUCAAUGGCACCUUCAAGACCUGAAGCUCCAUAUGUGGCAGUUUCCACAACGGACGUUCGAAGGCAAGCUCCACCCAAAGUCCCACACCAACAAUAUCCUGCGCGAAGUCAGGGCGUUCGAAGCUUGCUUAGUGAUGGUAUGGGUGUUCCUCAAAACAUGAUUCAAUCUACAUCUCCCGCUUUCGGCCGACCAGGCAUUAGCACCCCACCUAUCCAAGAGCAGUAUUCAACACCACCUCCUCAAUCAGCCGCUGUUAGCGCCAUCCGCCAGCAAGAUACACCAAGGAAGACAUCCAAUAUCAUGUCAUUGUUGAACGAUGAAACCAGUGAACCUAGCAGAGCUCCACCGCCCCCAGCACAAGUGCAAUCUAAGAGAGGUGGUGGUACCCCAGCAGUUCCUGUGCAAAGUUCUCGAACCCCGCCACCUCCUCAACAUCCAUUGCAGACAUCGCGUUAUUCAUCACAUUCAUCACAUUCAUCACAUUCAUCACAUCCAUCACAAAGUUUACAACAAUCACAACAGAUGCCUCAGCAGAUGCAACAGAACCAGCAAAUGCAACAGGUUUCACAUCAGAUACCUCCUCAAACAAAUCCACAGCACGGAUAUCCACAAUCGUCUUCCCAAUCCAUGCAUCAACAUUCAUCUUCAGUAGGCCGCAGUUACACACCAACGUCUUACGACGGCAGGAAUCAUGCGCCCCCGCCCGCUGUCCAGCAUCACCCGAUAUAUUCUCAACCCUCCCGCCAAGCAAUUGCUUCGCAGUCUUCAACCAUUCGUCGAGAGCCUCUAAACGAAAUGAAUGCUCCUAGUGGUCGUCAAUCACAAUUUGCUGUGCCGCAGCAGCCAAAUACAGCGGUAGACUUUCACACAGCACCUCAAGUGGGAGCAGGCCAUCGAUCGAUGGCCUUCGGACAAAGUGGUCACAGAACUCCACCGGCACGUAGUCAGUGGAUUCAAGCCCAUCAAGUGGGUCAUCAUGUGCACACUUCAAGACAAAACAGCUUCGAAGCCCGGAACUAUAAUACUGUUUCGUCUGCAUCAGCUCCGGCACAACAAAGUUAUGCCCAGCAAACUUCCCAUCACAUGCAAUAUCAACAACAUCAACCCCAAGAGCGUUUUGAUCAUCAUUAUGAGCGAGAACAGCGUGAGAGAGAACAGCGAGAGCGAGAGAGGCAAGAUAGGGAUAGGGAACAAUAUUAUCGAAGUCGGGAAGACCAACGGGAUCCACGGCGGUAG